AUGAUGACAUCAACAUUUCCAACCGUCGAUAAAUGUGCAUCAAUCGGUCGCGAAAAGGACACGGUGGUGGCGGACAUGGACGGAACCUUGCUAAGAGGUCGAAGUUCAUUUCCAUAUUUCGCUUUGAUUGCUUUUGAAGUUGGAGGGCUUCUAAGGCUCCUUUUCCUAAUCUUGAUGGCACCCAUCGCCGGACUUCUGUACUAUUUCGUAUCAGAAUCGGCCGGAAUUCAAGUCCUCAUAUUUGCGACAUUUGCCGGGGCGCGAGUUUGCGACAUUGAGUCGGUGGGUCGGGCUGUUUUGCCCAAGUUUUACUCGACGGAUCUCCAUUCGGAGGCUUGGAGGGUAUUUUCGUCUUGUGGCAAACGUUGUGUUCUUACUGCGAAUCCGAGAAUAAUGGUGGAGGGUUUCUUGAAAGAUUUCUUGGGAGCUGAUUUGGUGAUGGGAACCGAGAUUGGGACUUACAAAGGUAGGGCUACUGGACUUGUGAACAAACCUGGUGUUCUUGUUGGGAAGAACAAAGCUGAUGCUCUUACCAAGAAUUUCAGAGAUUGUCAGCCUGAAAUCGGAUUGGGAGAUCGGCAUACUGAUAUUCCUUUCAUGACUCUUUGCAAGGAAGGUUACAUUGUUCCACCCAAACCAGAAGUGAAGGCCGUAACAAAUGACAAACUCCCAAAACCCAUAGUAUUCCAUGACGGCCGAUUGGUCCAAAAGCCAACCCCGCUAAUGGCAUUACUCACCAUCCUAUGGAUUCCCAUAGGUUUUCCUCUGGCUUGCCUCCGAAUCGCCGCCGGAUCCCUCCUCCCAAUGCCGCUUGUCUACUACGCUUUUUGGGCCCUCGGCGUCCGCGUCUACGUCAAAGGCACUCCGCCGCCUCCGAAUCGGAUGAGCAUGUUUCAUGGUACAACUGCCCGAGGUUGGAAAGGGAUGGAUCCUUUUUACUUCUUCAUGAACCCUAGUCCGGCUUAUGAAGUGACCUUCUUGAACAAGUUGCCGGUGGAAUUGACUUGCAAAUCCGGGAAAUCCAGUCACGAAGUGGCCAAUUAUAUUCAGCGGGUGAUUGCUUCCACGUUGGCUUAUGAAUGUACCAGUUUCACUCGGAAAGAUAAGUAUCGGGCACUUGCUGGAAAUGACGGAACUGUUGUGGACAAACCUCGGAUCAAAGCCAACAAAAUCAUGGGAUGUUGA